GGUUCGUUGCUCGAUCGGCCGUUCGUUGUCGCUCUAUGUCCGCGUAAUCUUAUCUGGUUCAGGUGCCGAGUACGAUAUUAUUAUAAUUAUAUUUAUUUACACCUAUUAAUUUGUUAAAAAAUUAUUAUCACACACACCCACGUGCGCCGGUAACACUUACUAUGUGUGGUAUGAUAAUCAUAUUAAAAACAUGACGUGCAUCGUAAUCGGGUUUAUUUGGGUUCUGUCGUUAUCACCUCACUCCCUAGUGAAAACCCCAAUUCGGUAAGUUCGUGGUGCGAGCGAAACGAGUUAUUCUUGAAAACGUACGUUUUUGCGGAAGACGUGUGCCGGUCUCCGCCCGUGAUUCAGUGUCUUUUUUUUUUAAUGAAUUGUAAAACCUAAAAAUUUUCUUUUAUUCGUGUUUUUUUAAAACCAUUUUUCAACUUACUUUUUGUUUUAAUCUACAGUGAGUAAAUUAUAUUGCCUUUAUGUUUAAUUUUUUUUUUUAACUUUGUGAAAUCAUACCCUUCUCUGUGAGCAGUGCGUUUAAAAAAAAACUCUGUGUCGAUUUUACUCCAUCAGAAUCGCAGUAUUUAUAUACUUUCGUAUUCUCAUAUCAUAUAUCUAUAUAAUAUUAUAAGUUAUAACAUACCUAGUGUUUCCGUUUUCUAAAACACAAUCAGUGGCGUAUGCACAGUGAUGUAGUGCGUAAGGUUCGCGUGUUUGUCGUUAACGAUGUAAUUACGUCUGAAGCGAUGUUAGAACACGUUAUUAAUAUCACGGGACUAGAUUCCUGAACGUCGAAAAGGACGCUGAGAAACUUAAGUCAGAACCCAGACGACAAGAUUUCGAAAAUCGAUGAUGGUAGAGCGAAUCGAUAACGAAACGGAUUGUAAUAUGCCACAAGGCUCCUGUUGGUCUACGGUGUAUUCUGGCUUUUAUUUAUUUCUCGCCAGGCAUUCAGGUCGAAGACGCACAGCAGAAUCCAAAGAAGUAGUGAGGCGGCAAGGCGGCGGCGGCGGCGGGUCGUCACAAAGCCUGCACCGCGCCGCCACAUUCACCAUGUUCAAUUUCCUCCUGCUAGUCUCCGUAUGCCUUUCGUCAACCACACACGCGUGUUCGAGUAGGUCGACGCCGAAACCGCGACCGUUGCAGCCMACAGAACGGCCGAACAUCACCUUCCACACCACCCCAUGUCCAACCGUAUACGCCAAAUGGUAUUGUCUCAACGAAGCCACGUGUUUCGCCAUCGAAAUCGGCGAAUCUGUGCUGUACAAUUGCGAAUGUACCGACGGUUUCAUGGGACAGAGAUGCGAGUUCAAAAAUUUGGACGGCUCUUACACGACUGCCCGACGACAAGUGAUGCUCGAAUCGGCCAGCAUAGCAUCGGGCGUCAGCGUGGCGGUACUUUUGGUGUUCAUAAUCUGCACCACGUUUUACGUGAGGUCCAAGAGACAGCGGAAACUCAAGUUGAACGCAGCGGACGUCUCAAUGGUUGACGGCAACUGGACGGACGCGGAAAAGCGGCCGUUCUCAUAUCGUCCGAAGCACACGAUCAUCACAAUUCCCCUGAAGACAGUAAUCACAGAACAGUCGACGCGAUCCUCCGGCGACGGCCGCCGCUCCGAAGAUAGUUCGCGACAAGAACCUUUGAUCGUAUGAGACGAUGACUGCAGCUAUAAUUCCAAAGUUAUUAAUAAUAAUACGUUCAGCGCAAUCCGUGUGCGGACGACAGAUGAUGACGAUUUUUUUUUCACGGAGAGAUCAAUACAAUAUUUUUGGUGCCGAACGGACGCCGCACAACGCGCCGCGGAUACCACUAUACGUACACACACGCGGCACAACCACACUCGGUCACCAGCCAUUGCGAUACAGACAUACAAAAUAUUAUUAUAAUCGCACACGCGAUGACGAURGUAUCUAUCGCCUUCGUCGUCGCGUCCGGAGACCUCAACGCCGACACGAUUUUUGCACACGCGACGCGCRAAAUUCAAAUUCGGAGUCAAGAAAAAUUUACACCCAUUAGUCGAAUUGUAAUCAAAUUGGAAAAAAAAAAUUGUUUUUAAACGGACCGUUUCAACUGUUGUAAAUUAUAGUUGUGCAUCGUUGAUAAUAUUKUAUUAUUGUUAUUGUGUUGUGAGCAUCGCCGUGGCGUAUUAUGCCGUUUAAUGUGCAUAACCGAUGAUGGCGACGUUUACUGACACAUAUUUCGACUAGUUUUAAAGUGAAUAUUAUACAUUAAUUUUUACUUCCGUCGUUAUCGUCGUCGAUUCCCCAUGGCGUGUGUGGUGGUGUCACCGUCCGUCGUCGCGUUUUUCUCAGAUUUUGCCCGUUGUGUCUCAAAAUUAUUAUUAUUUGCACAAAUACGUGCCGCUAUAAUAUAGGAAACGCACUCGAAAUAUUGAUCAUAUGUUAUGGUGUUUUAUAUUGUAUAAAAUCGUAAUUUUCGUGACUUUUUUAACCUCAAACGUAUAUAUUAAUAUAUAGAAAAAAAAUCGUCUGAGCAAAUAUAUAUAUAUAUAGAAUUAUAAAUGCAUAUAUACAUAUAUUAUAUAUAUAUAUAAAUAUAUUAUAAUAUAGCCAUUUGUCUAUGGUUUCGAUGGUAACGACAAAAAAAGCAAAACGAGAGUCCGCUUGACGAGACUUUUCAACUAUAAUUGCUGUCAUUAAUGGCUUACACUCCCCACACGAUAUAUGUAUGUGUAUGUAUAUAUUUAUACAUGUAUAAAUAUAUAUAAAUAAAUGUAUAUGUAUGCAUAUUUAUAUAUAUAUAUAUAAUUCUGCGAACCUAUCUCUAUGUGUAUCUCCACCAUAUAAUAUAUAUAUAUAUAUAUAUUAUUUUUUUUUAUAAUUUUUAGAAUCAUUGUUUUAAACUGUUUUGUUUUUUUUUCCUCCUCCCGCCUUAUUAUUACUAUUAAUAGUGGGUUACCAUUUUUUCCCAAUGCUUGCUAAUGCGUAAAAAAAAUUAUAACUAAAAAAGCCGAUUGUAUUUUGAAAACGAGGAAUUGUGAAUAUUUUUUUAAAAAAAA